GAAGAGGGAAUUUAGUAUGAUGAAUUUCAAGCGGUUGGGGACGACGUGGAUAUAUACAACCAACGGUAUUAUGUUGAUCAAGGGCCUAGUGAUCCAACCGUGUUGUACGACCAACCCAACCAUCGUUCAAGGGAUGUUUGGAACGAUCACGAGGUACAUACAAUUCUUCAUCAUUUCUCUUUCUUUUAAUUUGUUAACGUACUUAGUG